ACAAAAAGAAAAUUCGAUAGAUCGUCUGCAAGAUGGCGUCAAGCAGCCGGAGCAGAGAGGAGAGGUGGAGUCUGGCCGGCAAGACGGCGCUCGUCACCGGAGGAAGCAAGGGAAUCGGGCGCGCGAUCGUGGAGGAGCUCGCGGGGUUCGGGGUGCGGGUGCACACGUGCGCCCGCAGCGACGCCGACCUGCAGGAGUGCCUUCGCCAGUGGCGCGCCGACGACCGCCUCGCGCGCGUCACGGCGUCCGUCUGCGACGUCUCCGUGCGCGGCGACAGGGAGCGCCUCGUGGCCGCGGCGCGCGAGGAGUUCGGCGGCAGGCUGGACAUCCUCGUCAACAACGCCGGGCAGACCUUCUUCAGGGCGGCCACGGAGAGCACGGCGGAGGACUACGCCCGCCUCAUGGCCACCAACCUCGAGUCCUGCUUCCACCUCGCCCAGCUCGCGCACCCGCUCCUCCUCGAGGCCGCGGCGGCGGCGGGGGGCGCCAGCAGCAUGGUGAACAUCUCCUCCAUCGCCGGGUUCGUCUCCUACCCUGCGCUGUCGGUGUACUCGGCGACUAAGGGAGCCAUGAACCAGCUCACCCGGAGCCUCGCCGCCGAGUGGGCGCAUGACAACGUGCGCGUCAACUGCGUCGCGCCGGGAAGCGUCCGGACCGACAUCACCGGCAGCAGCGGCAUAACGAUGGACCCAGAGGUGGCGCAGGAGAUGAUGGAGGCGGAGCUGGCGCGGGUCCCCAUGCGCCGCAUCGGCGAACCAGAGGAGAUCUCCUCCAUGGUCGCCUUUCUCUGCAUGCCGGCCGCGUCCUACAUCACCGGGCAGGUCAUCUGUGCCGACGGCGGCCGCACCAUAGCCGCCUAGACCUUGCUAGCUAGCUACGUCGACGGCUCUUUGGCUGGCUUUCCUA